AAUAAUUAACUCGACACGACAUCAUUUCUGUGUUGCAAUUUGCAGAGAGCGACGGCGAGAACCAUGGAGGGUAUGGAAGGGGAGAGAGGAGGAAGCCGAUACUCACUGAAGCCAUCGAGAAUUAACAACGAAGACAUUCUGUUCUGCAUAGAUGUGAACCCCGAAUCCUCCGUCGAGAUCAAAACCACCGGCUCUAAUGGACGACCUAUCACCAGAAUGGACUCCAUUAAGCAAGCAAUUCUUCUCUUCGUCCACGCCAAACUCUCCAUGAAUCCCGACCACCGAUUUGCCUUCACCACCAUCGCCAAAUCUGCCACUUGGCUCAAAAAAGAUUUUAGCAGUGAUAUUGCAUCUGUAGAAGCUGCAAUCAGGGGGCUUGUUCCUACUUCCUCCUGCAGUCAUGCCGAUCUUACCAGCCUUUUUCGAUUAGCUGCUCAUGAAGCUAGAAAGUCGACCGCUCAGAAUCAUAUUCUAAGAGUGAUUCUUAUAUAUUGUAGAUCAUCAACACGACCACAACAUCAAUGGCCUGUGAACCAAAAACUCUUCACUUUAGAUGUUAUCUAUCUCCAUGAGAAGCCUGGACCAGACAACUGCCCACAGGAGGUCUACGAUGCCUUAGUUGAUGCCCUUGAUCUUGUCAGCCAGUAUGAAGGCUAUAUUUUCGAGAGCGGCCAGGGAGUUGCACGUGUUCUUUACCGUUGCAUGUGCUUGUUGUUAUCGCACCCCCAGCAGCGAAUAUCACUAGACGAUCUCAACAUACCAAAGCUUCUUACAAAGAAAGUACCUCCAGCUGAUUCCAUCCCUGCAAACGAAGUUGUCCCUGUUACCAGCCAGUGAGACGAAGGGCUUAAAACAAUAGAGGAAAACUGGAUGCUGUUGUUAUUGCUGCUGUAGCUUAAUGGUACCUCACUCUUCAGUAAUCUGAUGCUUCUCUCUCUUUUUUUUUCAUGGUUACAGAUUAAGUCUUGUUUAUUGUACAUAUAGACAAGUUUACGACGAGAGAGACGACGCUUAAUGGUACCGUAUUCAACUUUGUUAUGCUCUUAUUUGCUCAGAAUGUCGUAUAUUUUUAUGAA